GAAAAAGUAGCUAAAAUGCUAUGUCAUUCAUUGAAUUGUGAUUACUAACAGUAACCAUGGUAACAAGAAAAACAUGUUGUUCAAAAACAGAGGUCACAUGGUAUCCUUUGUCCUUUGAUUUGUUUUCUUUUGAAGUACUAUGAUGUCACUUCAGAAUGUUUAUAGGUACAACCCAGAGUACAAAUACAGAGACACAACGAUCCACAGAGCCACUACAAAGUAACAAAUACUAGACUAAGGAAAAGAAGGACAUUAUCCACUAAGUACAGGAUUAUCAAUCACUUCCGAUUCCUGUGAUAAAAGGAUUUUUACUCUCUGUAGGCAGAACAAGUCUAUGGCCGCCCAGUUAAAACCUUCAGCGACUGGAAAAUAUCAACAGUCUAUCAAGACUUCAUCCUGUCAGGCGGAUAUGAAACAUCACACCGUAAAGGGCCAGGCAGAGGCCGGGAGAGUGCCCAGGUAUCAAAGGCAACCUCAGGGUUUUAGACAACCUGCUGAGUUCAGAAGAGGGCCUGACCGGAGGAGAACUCCCUGGGUACCACCAGAGCGCCGCACCCCUGUGAGAGAAACCUCCAACCGAGUUCCUCAGCAGUGUGUGAGUAGUGAGACAAAUCCAACCACCGAGCCUAAGGAAGAUGACGAGAUGACUUAUUUAGAUGUGCUGAAUAUGUUAAGGGGAAAAAAUGGUGGUAUUGUGGUAGAGGCCUCCACCCAGGCCACAACUCAAGUCCCUCAGAUUGAGUUUCAGCAGCCCAGUGUGAGAGAGACCGAGCAGGCCACCACCCUUAAGACAGAGGAUGAGAAGAAAAUGCAGGCUGAUCCCUGCAACGAGGUAGAGGCUUCACCCCAACAGGCCAUGAUUUAUGUCUCUGAGCUAGAACAUCAGCAGUUCCAGAGACAAACAGACCGCAUCACUCAACUGAAGAAUGGAAAUGAGGCUUUAGCAGCUGAGAUGGAGCAGUUAAAGAAAAUGCUCCAGAUGAACAAGACUCUUCAUGAUCAGACCGAGCAGAAGAGGAUGGACGAGGUGAAGGACUUGGAGCUUCAGUUUUUAGAGAAGAAAGCCUCUGAAAUUGAAGCUGUCUGUAAAGUCGAGAAACUGAAGAUAACUCUCCAGAGACAGAAGGACAGACGGGUAGAACAAGACGUGCUUCUGGCUCAACAGGAAGUGGACAUCACCAAACUGAAGACUGCACUGAUUCAGACACAGGACGAACUAAAGAGUCAUCAGCUGCGUAGGCAGGAGGAGAGGUCACUCCUCAAUGAAAACCUUAAAGACAUCCAGCACGCCCUGCAGGAGGAAAAAGCUAUGCAGGAGAGAAAACAGCAGAUGAAAAGGGUCGAGAAAUCGCCCUCUCUGGAAAAAGAUUCUCCCAGUUCUUUAAGUAAACUGGAGGCCACCAUAUCCCCCCAAGCAAAUCCCCCACUGAACAACUCAUCCUCCAUGCCUACCCCCCACCCAAUCAUCACCUCGUCCUAAAAUAUGCCCAACCCUGGUUUUCAUCUGUUUACUCCAAAUUAAAAACAGAGAUAAUGGGCAAUCGCUUAACAUCGUACCCAAAUAUGCCCAACCCUGGUUUUCAUCUGUUUACUCCAAAUUAAAAACAGAGAUAAUGGGCAAUCGCUUAACAUCGUACCCAAAUAUGCCCAACCCUGGUUUCUCAUCUGUUUACUCCAAAUUAAAAACAGAGAUAAUGGGCAGUCGCUUAACAUCGUACCCAAAUAUGCCCAACCCUGGUUUUCAUCUGUUUACUCCAAAUUAAAAACAGAGAUAAUGGGCAAUCGCUUAACAUCGUACCCAAAUAUGCCCAACCCUGGUUUUUAUCUGUUUACUCCAAAUUAAAAACAGAAAUAA